UGAGAAAAUAAGAGAAAAGAAUCUUAGAUCUCAAGACAAAGUACAGAAAAUCAUGUCAGAAAUUUCUGAAAACUCAAGUUCUAUUAACAAUUAUAAUAUAAAUAGCAAUGUGGCAACUAAUGCCCAGGAUGAAGUGGAACCUCUGCCCAGCAAUACUAACUUUACGCUUUUAUAUGAAAAACUUUGUGAUGCUAUAAUUCUUGCUGAUCGUAAAACCCAAGAAGCUAUCGCGUGUUAUUGCCUAUUUGGAAAGGUUAUUAUUCAGAGACGUAAUGAAAUAGCAUCGGAAAGACAAGUUGAUCCAGAAUCCAAUACUGUUAGUAGAAUUUUAAAUAAAGAAGUGAAAGCACAGUUACCCGCAGACACUUCUGCUAGCCUUUUACGUAAGAGAAUCGAAAAAGCAAAGAAGCUUUAUAAACUUUUCGAUGCAAUAGAUAAUGUAUCCUUUGAUUAUAGCAUUGAUGUGAGUCUGCCUCUGGCUGAGUUACGGGAUGAGAAGGAAAACAAAAAUUCAGGAACAUCUACUUCCUCUAUCCCAUCGUCUAAUAUGAUAAGUGAGGAUAACAAAUCUUUACUGGAAGAGAUAGGUGAACCCGAUGAUUCUUUAGAUUCUAACUCGGAACUCUCUGAUUAUGAUGGGUUCUUUGAACACGUAAAGGCAUGGAGUCGAGAGGACGUUAAAGCAUUUUUACAAAACAACAAAACUGAAUUAGACCUUGAAGACGGAGAUAUCGAAAUAUUAUAUAAUCAGAGGGUUAAGGGUAGCAACUUCUUUGAUUUUACUGUAACGGAUUUUGAGAGAUGGGGAAUACCGGGUGGACCGGCUAAAGAAAUCGAGAAGCUGGUUAAUAAAAUUCAAGGAGAUCAAUCCGUUGCUGAGCCUCCUAACAAACGCAUAAGAAUUGGUGAUGAAAAUCUAAAGGCAUUUCGGGAUGCUUCUGCAGGUGGGUCAAAUAUUUCCGCUGAUCAGAACUUACCAGGAGGUUCAGAUAUUUCCACUAAUCAGGACUUCCUCGAACUACCCAAAGGCGUGCAUUUUUUAGGAGACAUUAACGAACCUUCAACUUUGUUGAUCCGUAGUUGCUACCGACACCUGCUCGAUCUUGUUUUGGAUAAUAAUAGUUCGAUAAGAAAUUUGAUUAUCACUGGCAAUCCGGGAAUUGGAAAAACCUACUUUGGCUACUACCUACUUUAUAAUCUUAUACAAAGAAAUCGAACGGUUAUAUACGAUUCUCAUAGUACGGACUAUGUUAUUGUCUUUGAUCAGGAAAGGGCUUUCUAUCUUUAUGAAGUGGUGGAUCCCGACCAAAUAAGAGCAUACUUGAAGAAUGCGAAUAAUUGGUAUAUUGUAGAUAGCAAAAAACCAAAUAAAGCUUCUGCUAAGACGAUCCUCGUAUGUUUGCCUAAAAAAGAAAUCUUUAAGGAAUUUGAGAAGUUUCCCUUAUCAUCAACACGAUACAUGACAGUGUGGAGCUAUGCAGAGAUUUCUAAGUGCAAGGACAAGCUCUAUAACCACCUUCAGAACAAUUUGGUUAAGACGUUAUUUGAUAAAUGGGGAGGGAUCCCUCGAUUCGUUCUGGAGAAAGCUACCGAUUCUAGUCACCAAUCUGAACGGGUGAUUAUGCGGCUAGAAUCAAGAAAUAGGGGAAAACUGCGUAGAGAUUUAUGUUCGAGCUUGUCAGGAGGCAAGAGUAAUUCAGUCUUGGGCAGUUAUUUUGAGGAAAUAGCUCAUCAGUUAUUGCGAGGUGGUGGAACGUUUGAUAUUCGUUCUUUGGAGUCUGGAGGUAGAUCAACUACUAAAGCUUUUACAAAGCAAGAUAAAAUUUAUACUUUCUCUGACGUUAAUGAUGUUACUGAUGGAUGUUAUUAUCGACCAGACAACCCAAAUUAUCCGUCAAUUGACUCAAUUGUUGCACCAAAUGAACUCUAUCAGAUGACUACUGCUAUGAGCCACCCGAUUAAAAUGAUUGGUUUGAAAAAUGUUUAUGGAAAGUUAGCAAGAAGGUAA